UUUGAAAAAACAGUGUAACGCUAAAUAUUGAUGACCCUGUAUUUUCAUUGAUAUCAUGCUUACCCCUGCAUUAUUUUCUGAACAAUCUCUUUUGCAGGGCCCAUCAGCUGGAGUAAUCCCGCGGUGUGUCAACCACCUCUUUGACCAGCUACGAAUCCUAAAGCUCGAGUUCACUAUGCAAGUGAGCUUCAUCGAGUUGUAUCUCGAUGAAGCCUACGACCUUCUAUCUGCUCAAGGUGACCCCCCUAAAUUGAGAUUGACUGAAGACCAAAAAGAUCAUUGGAUCAUUCAAGGGCUAACGGAAAAGUUAGUAAACUCUGAAGCGAUGGUCCAUGACCUUCUCCAGAAAGGGGCGGACAGGCGCCGAAAGGGGCGGACACAUCUCAAUCAACAGUCCAGUCGGUCCCACACCAUCUUCACUGUAAUUUUUGGCAUGAAUACCAAGGAUGAAGAAGAAUUGUCAAAGUUACUUAUUGUCAUUAAUUUCUGA